AAGCACAUAGAAGGAGAGACGAAGCAGGUUUUGGAGACGGGAGGAGUGAGAGAGUGCCUUUUGUUUCAAAAAGAGAGAUCGAUUUAUAAAUUUUGAAACCAACAAGGGUUUUUAGAGAGAGAAUAAGUAAUUAUUAAAUAAUAAAUAAAUAAAAAGAAGAGAGAGAGUGAUAUAAGGUGUUGCCGCGAAACUUGAACAGCCAAUAAGAACUCCCCCUAUUCGUCAUUUCUUCUAUUUUGUUUCUUGUGCAAUAUCAAAUACGAAGCCCAAUUUCAAAUUUAUGACAUAAAGGCCCAUCUUUAAUGUUCAAUACCCAACCUGAAGUUAGAGAGAACGUGGCUCCGCCACCCUUUGACCAUGUGGCUCCGCCACUGUGUGAAACCAAAAACCUCUGUGAAGAAGAGAAUGUGUGGUGGGCUAUAAUAUAUAUAUAAGGUUGAAGGAAUGAGUCAAUAUUGGUUUAUGUGGACUAAGUCUAUGGAAAAUGGCACAAAGUACAAACCAUGGACCAUACAGAAGUUGAAAGAUUUUGAUCAAAUAAGCUCCAUAUGACUUGACGCAAGACUUGCAAAAGUCUAAUAAAAUCUUGACUUUUUUUUAUGAGAAUCAUAACUUGUUACUUACCACACAAAACGCAAACAAACCAAAAAAAAUGGCAAUGAUGAUUCCAAGCCAAUCUUAUAGCUAUUCUAGUAUUGUAACUUCCUUGUAUUAUUUCCUCUUCUUGAUUUCCUUCGUUCUUCAUACUCUUGCUUUUCCUACGUUCCAUCAUUGCCAUCCCAGCCAGAGAGAUGCUCUUCUCGAGUUCAAAAACGAGUUUCAUGUAGAUGCAGCGUCGCAUUCAUGGAACAAGAGUAGAGAUUGCUGUUCUUGGAAAGGUAUCACGUGCGAUGCUAAAUCUGGAAAGGUGAUUUCACUUUACCUUGAUACCAUCUCUUUAAACAACUCUUUGAAACCAAAUAGUGGUCUCUUCAAACUUCAUCAUCUUGAUAGCCUAUCCCUUAGAAACUGUAGUCUCCAUGGAGAGAUUCCUUCUUCAUUAGGGAACUUUUUACAACUCACACUUCUUGACCUUUCCCAUAAUAAUUUAUUAGGUCAAAUUCCACUUUCAAUAGGGAACCUUUCUAGUCUCAUAGUUCUUGAUCUUUGGGGUAACAAUUUAGUAGGUCAAGUUCCAGUUUCACUAGGAAACCUAACCCAACUAAGAUACUUGAUCCUCUCCCACAACAAACUAAGUGGCAAUAUUCCUGUUUCAUUUGCCAAUUUAACAAAGCUAUGUGAACUAUAUCUUCAAAACAAUUCCUUGGGCUCCACGCUUCCUGACAUGAGUGGAUUACACAAUUUAGAGUACUUUGAUGUGAGUGAAAACUCAUUUACUGGACCUUUUCCCACAUCUUUAUUCACAGUUCCUUCUUUAAUAUCUGUUAACUUGGAGAGAAACCAAUUUAAAGGAGCUAUCAAGUUUAGGAAUGUGUCUUCAUCAUCUAGGUUUCAGUUUCUAAACUUUGCUCAAAACAACUUAGAUGGUCCAAUCCCUGAACUGAUAUCUCAAUACCAUAACCUAGAAGAGUUACAUCUUAGUUACAACAAUCUCAAUGGGUCAAUACCAAAGUCUCUAUCAAAGCUAUUCAAACUAGAAUACUUUUGCCUUACCAACAACAACAUGGAAGGGGAGGUACCGAGUUGGAUACGGAGAUUGACUAUGGUGGCACUUGCAAGCAACUCUUUCAACAGUUUUGGAACAUCAUCACAAGUUCUAGAUAAAACACAAGUCAAGUGGAUGGAUCUCAGCUCAAAUGCUCUCCAAGGACCGUUGCCUCGUUGGAUCUGCAAGCUUACAUCAAUAGAGAUCUUGAUCUUGUCCAACAAUCUACUCAACGGCUCGAUCCCUCCAUGUUUAAAAAACUCCAUAACUUCUCUUACAGAUUUGGUUCUACGUAACAAUAGCUUCAGUGGGACACUUCCAGAUAUAUUUAAUAACGCCACCAAGUUAAUAUCACUUGACGUCAGCCGCAACCAGCUAGAAGGAGAGCUUCCAAAGUCCUUGAUCCAUUGCACUCGUCUUCAGCUUCUGAACGUGAGAAGCAACAGAAUCAAAGACACGUUUCCAUUUUGGCUAGGAUCUUUGCCGUCAUUACAUGUCCUCAUCCUCAGAUCAAACAAGUUUCACGGACCGCACGUGUCUGCAAAGUUCCAAAGCUUAAGAGUCAUCGACGUCUCGCAUAAUGACUUCACUGGAGCGUUACCAACUUUCUACUUCUCCGAGUGGCUUGAGAUGACCACGGUGGGGGUUGAAGACGACAGCUUCAUGAUCUCUGACGUUCCUUACAUGGGGAAGGUGCUGAACGCUACCGCCUCGUACAUUAGCUCGAUGGAGAUAGUUAAUAAAGGAGUGGAGAUGGAGUUUAAGAGGAUCAACCAAGACUACAAGACCGUAGACUUCUCUGGAAACAGUUUCUGUGGGAACAUCCCUGAGUCUAUUGGACUGUUGAAGGAGCUGCGUCAUCUCAACUUGUCGGGAAACGCGUUCACAGGCAACAUACCACAGUCUUUGGGAGAUUUGACAAAGCUCGAGUCGUUAGACUUGUCCAAGAAUCAGUUGUCUGGUCAAAUCCCUCAAAAUCUUGGUAGUCUUUCGUUUAUGUCGACAAUGAACUUCUCUCAUAAUCUUCUUGAAGGACCGGUGCCGAGAAGCACACAGUUUCAUGGCCAGAGUUGCUCUUCGUUCAUGGACAACCUUAAACUAUACGGUCUUGAAGACAUAUGUGGAGAAACUCACAUGAAGAAUCCUGUAUUAGAAGUGCCAGCAGAGAAGGAAGAGCAAGUGGUUAACUGGAUAGCAGCGGUAAUAGCUUAUGGACCUGGUGUUUUCUGUGGAUUUGUGAUUGGACAUAUCUUGACUUCACGCAAACAUAAAAUUGUAGUAACCAAAAGUGUUUGUUAAAGACCUUCUCUUGUAGUUGUCUUACAUGUACUGUCAAAUUACGUUCACAAGCAGAGGCUAUAUAUGAUGUUAUAUCUGAA